UUUUGCAUUCAUACUAGUUUGUUUGUUCAUUUCAUAUACACUACACAAAUAUAUUCCCUGGCUGGUCGGCAGCAUGCCUGGACACGUGGAGGACACGCCCGGUGAGGGGCUGAUGGGUGCCGCAGCAGGGGCAGCGGGCGUGCAACCGGCGGCAGUGCGUCUUCUGCUUACGAUUCUGGCCGGCUAUCCCAUCGCUGCGUUCUACACCGCAUACGUGGCAGAGGCUGUGCCCUUCAAGACGCUGCAUCACAUGUUCUUCUUCGCCUGUGGAGCUGGCCUCUGCUACCUCAACUACGGCGUCGACACGUACCACUCGCUGCUGGGGAUCCUCGUCACAUAUCUGCUGGUCCGGUUCCUGCGACACAACAUCAGGCUGAUGAUUGGCCUGAACGUGGUGUUCCACAUGAGCUAUCUGCUGCUUGGCUACUUGUUCACAGCCAGCAACGAGUACGACAUUCUCUGGACAACGCCGCACUGCGUUUUGGUGCUGCGCAUGAUUGGCCUCGGCUUCGACAUCUCCGACGGUCUCAAGGCAAUGGGGGCUCUGUCCAAGGAACAGAAGGAAACAGCUCUGCCGCAGGUGCCAUCGCUUCUGGAGCUCUCGGCGUUCGCGUACUUCCCCAGCGGUUUCCUGGUAGGACCUCAGUUUCCCCUCCGUCGCUACCAGAACUUUAUCAACGGCGAUUUCCGCCAGCACGAGGGCAAUGUGGAGGCGGGCAUGCGCCGCCUGGCUACCGGCGUGUUCUACCUGAUCGUUUGUCAGCUGGGUCUAAGCGUACUGCCUGAUUCCUAUUUCCUGAGCUCCGAGUUUGCCGAGGUGGGAUUCAUCAAGCGGAUCUUUCUGCUCGGUUUCUGGGCAAAGUUCAACCUGUACAAGUACGUCUCGUGCUGGCUGCUCACCGAGGGCGCCCUCAUAUACAUUGGCUUCACCUACAAGGGCAAGGAUGUGCAUGGCCAGCCCGACUGGUCCGGCUGCAGCAAUGUCAAGCUGAUCCUGCUGGAGACGGGCAACACCAUGGAGCACUACAUACAGAGCUUCAAUGUGAACACAAACCGGUGGGUGGGACAGUAUGUGUACAGGCGUUUGAAGUUCCUCGACAAUCGCACGAUCAGCUAUGUGGCCGCCCUGGGUUUCCUGGCCGUCUGGCAUGGCUUUCACAGUGGCUACUAUAUGGCCUUCCUCAUGGAGUACAUGAUUGUCAGCACGGAGAAGCAGAUCGCUCGUUUCUAUGAGCAGGCGAUCCUACCACAAUAUGGCAGCAUCCUGAGCAGAUCGGACAUCUACAACGUGCUCUACUUCGUGACCCUGAAGUCCUACAACAUUGUCUACAUGGGAUGGGGUCUGACGCCCUUUGUGUUCCUCAAGUACGAGCGUUGGAUCGUAGUCUUCGCGGCCGUGAACUAUUUCGGCUUCAUCUACCUAAUCAUCUGGGCUGUCUUCUAUCAAACCUUUGGGCACUUUUCGGGCAACGACCACGGGCAAUGAUGUCGCCACAGGAGACGAAAAUUUUCCAGUUUUUUGCCACAUGAACAUUGUUCCAUAUUCUUUUGCAAUUCUACUAAAAAAAUUGAGAAGUUUCUUGCCAAAUACAACAUUUCAUAAGA